CAUCAGUUCACCGUCGAUCGCCUAGUCGAACACACGCGAAUCCGAAAUAGCGACUUGUAUUUAUAAAAACUCAAACACCAAUAACUAUACGAUGGGUUUACGGUUAUCAAAAAGAAAACAGACCUUUGAAGUGAAAACUUCGGAGUCUGUCAAUUUGGGGCCCAAGUGGCUAAAUGAAACGCAAUUUGAAGAAUUACUAGCCGCGAACAUAGCUGACUUCUCAAAGAUAGUCGGUUUCCGGGUGAAACCCGCCAUGGCACCCGGAGAAAACUAUGCCACUCAGAUGCUGAGGAUCAGCAUAGAUGUGGAACUCACUGAUAAGAGUGCCAAACAAGUCUCCUUCAUGAUGAAGGUUGCCCACGACACUCCCCAAAUGAAUGAAAUGUUGGCUAUGGCCAAUUUCUUCACUAGUGAGAACGCGGCCUAUAUUGAUAUACUGCCAAAAAUGAACGAGCUCUAUAAGGCCAAGGGCCUGGAUAUCACCUUCGCUCCACAAGCUUUCAAAUUGGACUCCACAAAGGAACCCAAGUUGGCCAACACGGUGCUAAUGAACGAUCUCGGCCAGAAUGGAUUUAAAAACUUCAAUCGCCUGGAAUGCCUUAAUUUCGAACAAGCCAAGUUUGCCCUAAUGAAACUGGCCCAGUUUCAUGCAGCCGGUGCCAUGAUGGUCCAAGUGCACGGACCCUAUCCCGAUGUAUUCUUGUACGGCAUGAUGGGAAAUAACAUGGAUGCCAUAAGAGCGUUUCUGGAAGGAAUGUUGGGAUCAUUUAGAACGUCAUUUCUGGCCAAUCUAAAGAAUUUUAAGAACGGAGAAGAAUAUCGUGAGACUCUUGAAAAAGUUCUUGCGGGUCUUACUGCGGAAUUUAUAAAGAUUGGCGAUAUAGAUCCCUCCGAGUUCAAUGUGCUCAACCAUGGCGAUUGCUGGAUGAAUAAUCUGCUCUUCAAGGUGGACUCCAAGGGCGAUGUGGUAGACAUGACCUUUGUCGAUUUCCAGAAUCCCAAAUACGGCACUCCCGCCAUGGACCUGCUCUACUUCAUCAUGACCUCGGUGCACAUAGACUAUAAGCUCGAUUGCUUUGACUUCUUCAUCAGGCACUACCACGAGCAGUUGACCAAGCACUUGGAUAUUUUAGGAUUUACUGGACGACAGCCCUCGCUGAAGGAGUUGCACAUUAAGUUGAUUAAUUGCGGCGCAUGGGCCCUAUUCCCAACCAUUGCCGUGCUGCCAGUGGUUCUUCUGGACCCCACCCAGUCAGCGACUUUUGAAAAUUUUCUGGGGGACACCGAAGCAGGCGUAAAUUUUAAGAAUACUUUAUACGCCAACAAGCGGUAUCAAGGAUACGUUGAACGAAUUUUGCCUUGGCUUAAAAAUCGAGGUUUUCUGGAAGCCAGCCCUGAGCCAAUCUCAGCUCAGCCCGCACAGAAGCCACUAAAUCAAUCGGAGCCUGAGAAUCCUGAUCAGAUUCUGGACUGGCUUACAUUUAGCGACUUCAAGGAAAUCAUUACCUCCACCGAACCUGAAUUUGAGAAAAUUAUAAGCGGGUCUUGGAAGCUGGCCACGAAACCUGGGGACAACUAUGCUUCUAAGCUUAUAAAGGUUGAUAUAGAGGCGCAGUUAAAAGACAACAGGUCCAAGUCCUUAUCGUACAUACUGAAAGUGCAAACAUCCAAUGACAUGAUCAACUUCUCCGACUUCAAUCUGUUUCCCAAGGAGAUUGAGAUGUAUAGCACAUAUGUGCCCGCCUUUGAGCAGCUCUACAAGGAUGCUGGCUUGCCGGUUACUUUUAGUGCCAAGUCCUUCCGCAUUAGCAAAGAUGUCAGCGCUGAAUAUAUUAUUUUGGAGAACCUGCAAACUGGCGCCUUUAAGAUGUGCGAUCGCAUGAAGGGGAUGGACUUGGAACACACCAAGUGCACAUUAAAGAAAUUGGCUCAAUGGCAUGCAGCAUCUCUAAAAUAUAAGGAACUCAAAGGACCCUACCCGCCUAAAUACAACAAUGGUAUGUUCACAGAGCAAACUGCCUGUGUUUUCAAACCUAUGUUUGCUCAAUCGCAAAAAGCCUUUUUGGAAAUAGUGUCCAAGUUUGGAGGCGUCGAGGAGUAUCUUCACAAAUUGCCAGCUAUUUUUGAGUCCCAUAUUGACAAAAUAAUCGAAGACGCCAAAAUCAAUGAGAAAGAGUUCAAUGUUCUUAAUCAUGGCGAUGCUUGGAUAAACAACAUCAUGUUCCAAUACGACUCAGAGGGUCAUGUCAAGGAAACCCUCCUUAUAGAUCACCAAGUCACUAAAUACGGAAAUCCAGCGCAGGAUCUGUACUACUUCUUAAUGAGUUCCACUCAGCUGGACAUAAAAGUCGACCAGUUUGACUAUCUUAUUCGAUGGUACCAUCAAAACUUAGAAGAGCAUGCCAAAUUGUUAAAGUACAAUGGAUUUGUUCCCUCUCUAAAGGAACUGCACAUAAUUUUGCUAGAGCACCCUAUUUAUGCUGCUGGAACUGUAUUUAGCACCUUAACGAUUUGCCUAAACAAGGCAGAUGAUAAUUUCUCCACAGACGGCCUUUUUAAGGAUGGUAAGGAAGGAGAUACUAUGAGAUCGGAGCUUUUUGGCAACGAACGUUACAGAGCCAACAUAGAGCGCGUUAUGCCUUGGAUAAAUAGACGCGGAUUACUUGACGCCUUUGCCGCUGAAAAAGCCUUAUAAAUACUUUUAAACCGGACUGAAGCAAUAAAAUAACAUUUAUAAAUCAGCAGUA